AUGUUCAGCCUACCGAGAAUAUCACUGCCUUCUUUUCUUCGCGCCGGCGAAGGCACGCAUCUCACCGUCGACCUCCCCUCCGUAGAAAUCCACGACAUCGAGACCUCGGCAGAGAAGCGACCGCGAACUCUCAAGCACCUACUCAAAGCGAACCACGCCAACUACGCAAUCAUAUACCACAAUCUCACUUUUCACAACCAUACACCGCACAUCCUGGGAUCGGCUUACCUUCUGGGAGGCACCGCAGAGCAUCUGAACGAGAUCUACGAAAGAGAGGCGGAAGUGCUGGAACCUUGGCAUGAUGCGCCUGGUGAGAUAACAAAGGACGACUGGCGAGAGUUUCUGGGGAAGCGCGAAUACCAACGCGCAUUCAUUGAUUUCUUCGAGGAUCAGCUCGUGAGCAAGAAGUACGAUGUUGAGGAAGUUCUUGAGGAGUUCUUGCUCAAGGGCAAAGAACCGCUGAUCAACGGCCUCAUUUCAGGACUUGCGCAUCCUCUCAUUCAUCUCGGCUACGCUUACGAGCUCAACUCCACGACCGUUGCGAUCGAAGCCCUAGCGAUGGGCUCUUGCUUCUACAGUCCGCUCCAUAAAUACAUCGACGAUCCAAAAUACACGAAGCCCAGCCCUCACGAGGCGACUGGGAACCACACCGGGCUCAUCGAUUUGUUGGACAAGGUGCGGAAGGAUAAGCGCUUCGAUGGACUGUACGAUCACCGUAGCGGCGAUAUCACGAAAGUGCUAGAGGAGCGUGAAGAAGCCUUUCUGGAGUACUGGAAUGCUUGGGAAAUUACUGCCCCGAACGAACAGUUCCAAGCUGCUCAGGAGGUCGGCUUGGGGCUUUUGACUGGAACACCACGACCGGGGAAGGGAAAGUACGACUUCUUCCUUGUACAUGUGCUUACAAGCUCUCACGCUGUUCGCAUCCUUCUCCCGUUGAUACCGGCCAAGUUCCAUGUCAGUCUUCUACGGCAAUGGUGGCUGUUCGCGCUAGCUGUAUACAUUGCCCAGACGAGGCCAGAGAUCGAUAUGGGUAAAGCGAUGACUGGUGACGACAGCCAGAAGAAGACUUGGAAGCAUGUUGUGGACAAGGCCUUGAACGGACCACAUUCGACUGAUGCGCAUUACGUCAAAGCAUUGCGUGCGUUGAAGGUAGCGGAGGAGACAUGGGAAAAGGGUAGUGACAAAUCAAACCACUGGCUCAGUGCAGCAGUCAAGUUCGCGGACGAGUUUGAGGGCUGGGGAGGGUUUGGAACAGCGGAAGACGAAGCAAAGAUGGGAUAUCCUGAGAAGCAGUGA